AGGAAAUUACUAUAGAUUGGUAGCAUUUAACAAAAAAAUUCGUUAUAUUUACUAAUUAUUUCUCUCAGUGUAUAUUUGUGUCGUGUUUGGAGACAUUUUUUUCAUGCCGUAUAAAGAUAUGCAAACGAUAAAAUCUGACAUCACUGCCGCUAGAACACCUCCUCAAGAGUCAAAUUCAAAACUCCGAGUUUGUUUACAUGUGUUGCCCAAAAUUUGUAGUUAGCAUUAAACAUUCCGAAAGUUUGUACAUAGUGUAACCAACCAGUUAUAAAUGAGUACCAUCGUGUGUUAAAUAUUAUUCCAGCGCUAUUGUUUGUUUUAGAGUGUCGGUAAUGUCAUGUGUUCCCGGAGUCGCUUGUUUCAGCUUUGAACAGCCUUAGUAUUAUCAGCCUUCGAAUGUAUACAUUCGUAUAAAUUGUACAAAUAAACUAGUCGGUAGCAAUGGCCUCGAAACGCUUCGGAAACUUCCAGCUGAAGGAACCCUCGGCUGCGAGUAAAAAACCUCGACUGGAAUUGAACGGUAACAGCAAGCCUGCUGCAAUUCCCAGCCAGCUGCAAGCGCCGACUGCUUCAACUGCGUUAAGAACACCAACAACCCUCGCCAGAUCGUCGUCUUCCAAAACCGACUACUUGUGGGGUGAUGAGGAUGAUGAGUUCAUUAUUUUGGCUUCGCAGGCGGUCGAAGAGGUAGAAAUGAUCCACCAAUCUCAAACAGCAGAUACCACAUUUGGAAAGUUCAGUAAAGAGGUGGUUACGAGUACACAAACCACAAAGGUUUCCAACGUAUCAAAUGCCAGAGAUUUAAUGCCCCCACCUGCGGCGAUUCCAAGUUCCUCUCGAGCACCUACGGUGCCCAACGAAGUAAUGGAUCUGCUGACAGAAGAUGACGAUGUGUUUACUGAGCAGUUCGACGAUAAUUAUGACACCGUAGAGAAGCAUAUUGACGAUUUUUUCAACAAUGUUGGUGAUGACUUUAAUCUAGACGAGUUCCGCCAAGGUGGAAGCGGUGAGGCUCCUGAGCGCAGAGAGAAUCCCACACUGUCACCGGAGAGAAAGAAGACGAAUCAAACGGAGAUGGAUAGGAGGCCUGUGCCCUUGUAUCAACCCAAGCAACCGCCUUUCGUCAACGGAAUGUGUCCUGGGAAAGGAGUUUCAAAGGGACGAAUUAUGCCAAGUCAACAGCAACAGACCGACAAGGAGGCACUAGCAAAUGCCGCUAAAAAGAAGGAUCAUGCAAAAGAUUUGCAAGUCAAGUUUCUCACCGGUCAGCUAGAGAUGGCAAGUAAGAAGACCGAAAAGCUCCAAACGGAUUACAGCGAGGUGCUCGAGCGAAUUCAGAUUCGUGACGGAGAAGUGUCUAUGUUACGAUAUGAGCUGAAGAAUGUGAAAAAUCAAAAUGAGCAGCUGCGGUUGGAGAAGAUGAAGGAAAAUGAAACGAUGAAGAAGGAGUGGGUUGAAAAAAUGAAGGACCUUGAGAAGGUAAUAAUGGCCCAGAAGGCAGAUCUUGAGUUCAAAACUAUGGAGAUGAUGAAUCUGAAAACUAAGCGAUUGAACAACUCAUUCCGAGUUGAUAAUGGCGAGGGUGUUAGCAUUGAGAAGCCAGUCACCGAACAGGACUUCAAAAUUCACAGCCAUUGUCUCCAACGCCUUCCCAAUUCUUCAUGUACACAAUAUGAAAUCGACUCCAAAAUAUUUGAGCUUUCUGCGGAAAGUAUUUCAAAAUUUAACAUCAACAGCAGAAUCUUCAGUUUCUCCAAAGGUGAUGCGGCACUUUCCCAGCAUUUGGGUCACCUUCAAGCGUGUCUCUCACAGCUGGUGUACUUGAAAGGGGCACUUCCUGUUGAUACCGUUGUAUUUAUCGCGCAAACAGCGCAUCAGGCCAUCGACCAAAUCAAGAAAUACUCGUAUCGAUUGCAAUUGAUACGAGUUAAGGAUAGUAAUAAUGGAGCGAAAGAUGCGUACGAUUUUCUCUGUAAAAACCAUAAAAAGAGUCGGUUGGAGGGUGAUGUUAAUAUUUACCAACGGGAGCCCAUUUCCUACAACGAGAAAGCCAUUAUCCAGCGGAGAUUUUUGGCAGCUCUCGGGCUUCUCUGUAGGUACCUACCUUCAUUGGCGGUCAGAUUAAUGCGGCGGCAGGAUGGGGAUGACAGUUGCGUAACCAUUCUCAGUAAGGCUUUGAACAAAGUUAGUUAUUCGAAUGAUUUAUACGAUCAUUUUGGAAUGAUUGCAGCCGCUGCCUCACUCUUAUGUGGCCUCAGUUACCAUGUAUGUCAGUUGGAAGAACGAGGAACACAGAUGGUGGGCUUCCUGAGAUCGAUCAUAUACUGCCGACCAGACUGUGCACUCACACUGACCCAUGUGUCGGAAGCACUGUACCGGAUAUCAUCUGCAGAGCAAUCAAUGGAACUCAUCAAUCACCUCUGUUGGCGUAGUAAGCCUGAAUGCUUCACAAAGAGCAGUGCCUUCAAAAUGAUACAAUUCACUAAAGAUUCUUGCAUUCUACAAAUAUAUGGAAUGUUGCUGGAAACGUCGGUACCACAAAACCGGUCCCUCAGUGAGCCAGAAAUAGUCCACCUUGUUGCAAACACUCGAAACACCAUCUACUUCCUGCGGAAUGCAAUGGCACGUCCGGUCCGGUGGCUGAGACAAUUCUUCCAACGUUCGGAAAACUCCUCCCGAUUGGUGUCGUGCCAGUGUCACAUUCGGAUCACCAACGCCUUCGUGGUUUUAUUUCAUAAGCUGCUGUAUUGCUGGACGCGAAGUCCGCUGCAGAUAGAAUUCAACACGAUGCUGCAGAUUACGCAGAAUGGUGUGCUUUUGCUGUUUGAUUUAUUCCAAACCGUGUAUCGAAGGGUAAUUCUCCAAGUUGGUGGGCAUGCGAUACAGUGUCGACUACAGGCCACUUGCAACUGGUUGGUUCAGCAUCAGAAUGACUUCCGAUUCCAGCAAGCGCACAAGGCAGCAUUACGCCUGCUGGACCUACGGUUGGUAAUGGAUGAACCGUUGAAGUCCAGUGAUGACGAGGACCGAACGGAUUCGGAUGACGAAAGUUCCGAUCAAGAGCGCCAAAAAAUAUACGAUGAUCUGUUCGAGGGUUUUUUCACCAGUAAAAUAAUGCUCUCAUGAUUUUCUUUCUUUUUUCUGGUGGAUUAUG